AUGGAGAUUCAGGAAAAAACAGUCCUCUGCUUUCCACACCUCUUCAAUACUUCCUGCAAGAAGACAAAUUUAACUCAGUCCCAGCUGGUGCUUCUUCAUUCUUUGCUGUCCUUCAUCUCUCUGAUCACUGUGGCUCUCAACCUGCUUGUCAUCAUCUCGGUCUCCCACUUUAGGCAGCUUCAGACACCCACUAACAUCCUCCUCCUCUCUCUGGCUGUGCCCGAUUUGUUUGUGGGGCUCCUGUUGAUGCCUGUGGAAAUGAUCCGAAACACCACCUGCUGGUUUCUUGGUGAGUUACCAUGUGUUCUAUAUAAUUACGUGUCCUUUAUAAUUACCUUCGCCUCAGUGGUAAACAUGGUGCUCAUAUCUGUUGACCGCUAUAUAGCAAUUUGUAAACCUCUUUAUUAUACAACCAGAAUCACUGAGAGAGAUGUUAAACUCUUUGUGUGUCUGUGUUGGUUCUUUUCUGUUUUGUAUGGUGGUCUGAUUGUAUCUGGCGACCUUAAUGGCCCUGUUCAUUAUUAUUCCUGCCAUGGAGAAUGUUUGAUCAUUGUUGACUACAUUGCAGGAACUGUAGAUGUUGUUGUAAGCUUUAUUAUUCCAGUUACCAUCAUCAUUUUCCUAUACAUAAAAGUAUUUGUAGUGGCUGUGUCUCAAGCUCGUGCCAUGCGCUCUCAUAUUACAGCUGCUUCUCUUCAGCCUUCUGUAAAUCAGUCCCGAAAAUCUGAGCUGAAAGCAGCCAGGACCCUUGGUGUUCUUGUGCUUGUUUUCCUAAUAUGUUUCUGUCCAUAUUACUGUCUCUCUCUUAUAGGGAAAGAUGCACUUAGCAGCACCCCUGGAGCUGUUGUGCUCUGCCUGUUUUGCUUUAAUUCUUGUGUAAACCCUUUGAUUUAUGCAUUGUUCUAUGCGUGGUUUAAAAAAACUGUGAAACUAAUUAUUACACUUCAGAUAGUGAAACCUGGAUCCUGUGAGGCCAGAAUACUUUAA